AUGCCUGAAAUCAUCGAGUUAAUCUCCUCUUCGCCACCCAUCCCCUCCUCUCGGCCAACCAUACCACCGCCUAAUAAACGGCUUGGUGCUUCGCCGGAAGUGGUAGACAGACUACCUGAAGCCAUUUCGUUGGAGAUUUUCUCGGAUUCCGACAUUGAAUCCGACCGCUCAGCAAAAAGACGACGCAUCACUCCAACCUUUACUACGACUGAAGGGACACUUCCAGGCUCCUCGAACCUCGAUAUAUCUGAUCGAGAUGAGCUACCUGAAAUUCAUACUCUCAUUGCAGAAGCACUUCCACAGAUUCAGCGACCCGCUGCAACAAUCUGGGAUGAUGAUGACCAAAUCACAUUCUCGUCCUCCGCCCCGGAAUCUAGGGGAGUGAACCCGUUAGAACCGACAUCCGUCGCAAACAGGCUCCAACGCUACGCACAGGAUGACUCGAAUCUAGCCAAAUCCUCGGCGAUUCUAAGUUCGAGCCCAAGGCCAACUUACUCUACGCGGACUGAGCAGCUACUCGCAUUAAUGAAGAAGGAUACUGGCAAAAAGUCAAAUCUCAAGGCUCAUGCUAGCAGAAUUGAGAACCCCAGGGCUUCUGACAAGGUCAAACAGAUCGAGCAACCUUUGGAUGACAUUAUAUUUUCCUCAAGUCAAGUGUGGACAACAACAAAACCAACCAAGUCAUUUACCGAAUCGAAUAAAGAAGAGAAGGCUGCGUCCCGUGCAGCUGCAAAAGCAACUAAAGAUGCGGAAAAGGAAGCUGAGAAAGAGCGAAAACGUCUUGAGCGAGAGCAAAAAUCAAAGGAAAAGCAAAGAGCUGCCGAUUUGGCUGAGGUGAAUAAAUCAAGAAUCGACAAGAAGGACUCUGCAGCAGAAAUGAUAGUAGAUGUGGCUUGCUCUCUUCGAGGCACAUCCAUUGGAAAUCAAAUCGAACAGUAUAUGAAGCUGGCCAACAUCGAACUCAAUUACAUCGAAGACGAAGUCGACCUAAUUCACAACUCAACAGGGCACCGGCCUCAAGGGCGCAUCAUCAAGUGGCGGCGAAAAGUUGUCUCAAGGUAUAAUGAUCAGGACGGCCAGUGGGAGCCUGCCUCACAAAGUCGUACCAUUGAUGAAGGCCAUUUAUUAGUCCAUAUCUCUGGGUCAGACCUCGCCACGCUACUUGCAUCUCCCGCAUCUGCCUCUUCAGAAAGCGCACAGCCAUCAGUCGAAGAAAUGAAAGCCAACUUGGAUGCCCAUGUGGCUCUUCUCCGUGGCAUAGGCGGACCAGAUUGUAUACCUAUUUACUUGAUUGAGGGUAUGACCACUUGGCUGAAGAGGAACAUCAAUGCCAAAAAUCGAGAAUAUACGGCCGCAGUGAGGGCUCAGAUGGUCGACGUUGAUGGUGACAACACUACCUCCGUCCCUACAGGGUCCCAGGCACGGUCGAGGAAAUCAAAGAAAUCGGCAGUAUCGUCGAUAGACCUCUCAUUCAUCACAGCAGAUAUCCUCGAAGACAUGCUAUUGCAUCUCCAACUAGCGCAUCAACCCAUCCUUGUUCAGCACACCACUUCAGCCUCCAACUCAGCCGCACAGAUCUCCGCCCUGACGCAAAACCUAUCCACCAGGCCCUACCGCCUGGCACAAGUAGACUUCAAUCUGAAAAACGCAUCCUUUUGCAUGGAUCGAGGCCAAGUUCGCACUGGCGACAAUUCUCGCGAAACAUUUGCGAAAAUGUUGCAGGAAGUUCAACGAGUGACGCCGAGCAUGGCCUAUGGAAUCCUAGACAAGUAUUCAUCUGUCCGUGAUCUUGCGGUUGGGUUUGAAAAGCAUGGAAAUUUGCUUCUUCAGGACCUACGGAAAAGUGCUAACAAGGACGGGGCAUGGAAUGAUAGGAAGUUAGGACCCAUGGCCUCAAGACGACUGUACAAGGUCUUCAUGGGGCGAGAUCCAUCUGCAACUGAUGGAAUGUCUUGA